AUGUCAAAUAGAAUUUCAACAACUAUUAUCGAUUGGCUCAAGAAAGACCAACAAGAACUAAAUUUAAUGAAUACGAAUUUUCAACAAGGUAUCUAUUUGCUUGUUGAAUUAAAUAAACAACGAGAUGGAAUUAUAUUAGUCGAUUUUUCGAAUAUCUAUCGACAUUUCAAAUCCGGCAAAUAUUCAUUGGCCAUCGGUAGAAAACAAAAUUCAGGCGACGAUCGCAACACCGAUGAUGAUCAAGAAAAUGAUAGUCAAGCAGAGUUACCUAUGACAACUCCAUUAAUCUCACCAACUCCACGUUAA